AUGCUGCAAGUGCUUGACGAUGAAAAGCAAAACUUGCGUGUGAUUCAGUAUGGAGUGUCGGUCACGACGUUGGAGGAGGUCUUCUUACGGAUCUCGCAGGAUCGCGAAGAGGAAGCGGCCAUGGGUGUAGGUGCGUGUGGUGUCAAAGUGGUAGAUCAAAUUCGCAGGACGUCGGCUACGUCGGUGAACUCUCGUGGUACGCAUUGGACCCCAAUAACGUCUGAAGUGACGAACCGUGCAACAUUCUGGAGCCAGUACAGUGCACUGUUAACGAAGCGUGUGCGUAUCACGAAAAGAGACAAGAAGAAUCUCUUGAAUGCAGUAUGUAUACCGUUCCUCUUCUUGGUUAUUCUCGUCUCACUUCCUGAGAUCAACGUGACGAGUUUUGUGACUUCCGGUGACUAUGCUACAACCCUUGCGUCGACAUCUCACCAGAGUCAAUGCUCAAGCGCCGACAUCUCGUCGUGCCUCAACCUGCUGUGA